AUGGAAGGCCGCAAGCGCGAGGAUGAGGCCUCGUCUUUCGAGAGGGCACCAGCAGACAACGCUGGCUCGCCAGGCGGCAGUCCAUGUCCGAAUGCCCGCAGCUCCACAGAGCAGCUCAGUACGACUUCUGGCCGUGGCAGCAGGUCCUGUCUGCCGCGGCCGUAUCGCUCUCCAGGUCACUUGUUUGUUGCGAUGCCUGACGGGACCCACAGGGCGCCUUCUCCCCGUUCCCAGGGCUCCAGCAGCUCCAGAGUCACAAGCCAAGGGGCGGGAAGAAGUCGACCAAGCGAGAAGAACGACGACACGGUUGCGCCUGCUGUCAGUCCUCCGUUUCACCGCCCUCUGUCUCGUGGCUCGCAGAACCUCCCUCCAGGCGGUUUGGGGGGUUCCGGACUUUCGCAGGGUGUCUCUUCGGGAUCCGGGAGACAGGAGGGACCUCCAAAAGGUUGGAGACCGGCGGGGGGAGGAGCCGCUGCAUGCGGCGCAUCUUCUGCGUGCAUCGGUCGAGGGGGGUUUCGGCGCCGGCAGUUCGCACAGGAUCACCCGAGAGUAGAUCAAAUGUUUAACCUAGAUGCGUACAACCUCUCGGAUAUCGUGGACGUCUGCGACGAUGGAUACGAAGAUUCGGGGACGGAUGCCGCAGACGAGGCGGGUGCACCGUCGCCAGGGCGUCGAGGCGAGGGCGGCGCGAGUUCCCAGGAAGGUAGACAUGUCUUGGAGGAUUUCGCAGCUGAUUCGGGGGCAGGUAGGGACGGCGAGACAGGCUCUCGGCCACCCUCGCUUCCCUCGUCUCUCGUUGCUGUCGCCGCAGCGCUCGAGAAUCGACAAACGCGAACCCCCCGCUCACCGGGGGAUCUAAGGCGAAGCACGGCCGCCGUUGGGAGGAUGGAAGGAAGCGUCCCCUUCAGACCCUUUUCGGCAAUGCCGACGGAAAGCGAGUCACUGGGAGCGCUGCUCAGAGAGCCGCAGUGGCACAAACACGCUGGUGCCUCGACGCACUGGGGAGGAGCCGGAAAACACAUUUUUCAGGCGACCCCCAGCGGUGCAAGCGCGUCGAACAAGUUAAAAAGCGUCCACUUCGUUUACGAACAGAUGCAAAAAGAAAAGACAGAGGUUCGAGCCAAAGUGAGGCCAACCGCCCAGAGCGACAACAGCUUAAAGGGUGUGGAACCGAUUCGGAUUUUCUGCGGGACCUGGAACUCAGAGUACCAAGAUUUCCCACAGGGAACGAUGACGCCCAACAUCAGUCCAGAGGCCCUCGCGGCCCCCAGUGUGUUGCCAGCGCAUCUUCCGGAGCGCGUCGUGGAAGAGCUGCUGGACGACGAAGACGCCUGGGCGACUGGAGACGUGGACGCCUUCGAUCAAUAUGGAAAGCAUCGAAACGACGGAGAAAGUGAACGGAAAGUUGGAAAGAGUGCCUGGCUCUCGACGCCUGGGACGCAUGCACCUAGCGACAGUCGCAUGGUCGAAAGGAAAAGUCUCUUGCGCGCCAGCACGCUGAAGCUGAAGGCAGUCAAAGACGGGGAACAGCCUCUCAGCGACUGGGUGCUUCCGGGAUACGAUGUUUACGUCAUCACCCUCCAAGAAACAAUCUCUGACAGCAUUUUCCACGCCAUCAUGACCUACCUGUGCGACGUAAAUGGCCGGCCGUAUGUCCGCAUGCGCGCCGCGGAAGAUAAAAUUUCUGGCCUUGGGGACGGCGCCUGGACGCAAUUCAAAAGCACGAGUAUCGCAGCUUGGGCUCGUGCCGAUUUGCUCCGUCCGAAGGGUCCCAUCGAAUUCCUCUCCUCCAAGGCGAUUCCGUUGAGUUUCUUCAACGGAUCAAAGGGAGCUGUCUCCCUCCUCAUGAGAAUCUGGGACCAGUUCGUCUGCUUUCUCGGCUGUCACAUGCCCGCAACGGCAACGGAGGACCGUAUCAAGGCGCGGACGUGGAUCCUCGAGAGGCUCUGCGAGCUGUACAGCGGUGUGCCUCGAACGACGUUAGAUGGCGUCUUCCAUCACGUCUUAUGGAUGGGAGAUUUCAAUUUUCGCACUCGAAACAUUUCAGCAGCCAAAGCUGUGGAACUCCUGGAUUCGGGAGACCUGAAGGCUCUUUUCCAGUACGAUGAGUGCGUUGGCCCGCACGGCGAGGACCUCCGGAAACAAGGAUUCCACGAGAGUCCAGUGACCUUCCCUCCAACGUACAAGAAAGUUGACGGCCGCCCGCCUGUCGAUUUUACCGACGCCCACUGGGCCGCGAAAGAGUACCAGACGAAAUUCACUGUGAAGUGGUACAAGGGUGGACGUCAGGAGGAUCGCAAUCCAUCGUGGACAGACCGAGUCUUCAAAUGGUCUAUUCCGGAAGUAGCGUCGCUUCUCCGUCUGGAAGAAGAGAAUUAUUUCGCUGCAAUGCCGACGCGACCAAAUAGUUUCUUGAAUGCGAGCGAUCACAGCCCUGUAGGGACAGGGCUUGUUAUGUACCCUCUGGAUUUCAAUUACGCCCUGCCGUCCGUGAUGAACAUUGAGAAUCCGGACCCAAGUGCCAGCUGAAGAGCGACUGGGAAGUCGUCCCACUGAAGAAGAUCAAAGAGCCGUUGUCUUUUGGGUGCCGUGCUUUGCGCCGGUUCUUAGAGGCACUUUUGCCACUCGCAUCCACGCCUCUUGUCGCAACCUCGGUGGAUAUGCUUCGAUCUUUGCUGUCCCGAAUGCAAACACAGUUCCGCUAUUUGAAGGCCGCAGCGGCCGGCAAGCGGGCAAGAGGCCG